AUCAGGUGCUUGUAAUGAGCGAGAACUCGUGAGGGGUAGCUAGCACCAUGCCGUGCAGAUAUUUGCUUCUUUUUUCUGCUCUGCUGGAGAUUAGCAGUGCGGGUUUGAUACCAGACACAUCACUGAAAUAUGUUAAGCAUACAGAGACAAAUUACGUCCCAAUUAUAGGUAUUAUGUCCCAGGAGUCUCCAGACGAGUUGAAGAAGUAUGGGCCAACCUACAUACCAGCUUCUUAUGUGGGUUAUUUGGAGCAGGCAGGAGCAAGGGUGGCACCAGUGAAAGUAAACCAGACAGAUGACUAUUACAUCAGUCUCUUUAAAUCUUUGAAUGGAGUAUUAUUUCCUGGAGGAGAAGUGUCCAUUCUUGACUCUGGAUAUGCAAAGGCAGGGCAGAUCUUCUUCAAACUAGCCAUUGAGGCUUAUGACCGAGGAGAUUACUUCCCCCUUUGGGGAACCUGUCUUGGGUUUGAGCUACUCACAGCCUUGGCCACUGGAAAAAAUGUGCUCAAAGAUUGCAGCGACAUGGACAUCAGCAUUCCACUCCACUUUGAACAAGAUUUCAGGAAGGGCAGGCUGUAUAGAGAGAUUCCAGAAAGCUUGGUGCAGAUUUUGGCAACUGAGAAUGUCACAGCAAAUUUUCAUUUUUCCUGCUUAGACCCAGAGACAUAUGAAAAUACUCCUGAACUGAAGAAGUUUUAUAGAGUGUUGUCUAAAAAUAACGACAAAAAAGGAAGUCCUUUUGUGUCUUCAAUGGAAGCAUACCGCUACCCAUUCUAUGGUACCCAGUUCCACCCAGAGAAGAACAACUUUAUCUGGGAUCCCAGCUACAAACUGGAGCAUACAAUGCAUUCUGCACUGGUUUCACAGUAUUUUGCGAAUUUCUUUGUGGAUGAGUGCCGAAAGAGUAAGCACAGAUUUCCCAGCCCAGAAUUAGAGGCCAAAGUCAUGAUUGAUAACUAUAAGCCUGUCUUCAUGGGAUCUCCUACAUUCCUAGAGUAUUACAUGUUUGAUGUGUAAAAAGAAUAAGUGCAAUAAGAACAGUGGGAAGUACAGGUAUAAAAAAGGCAAAAUAUACAUUUUGUAUUAUUUAACAAAAAAAAAUCAGGCUGUUACUGCCUAAGUAAACCUUUCAGUUCCCACAAAACAUGAACAAUAACCUGUAAACAAUUUCUAACUCUGUAUCUUGCAGAAUUGAUUUGAAACACUUUAACUGAAGCUGUGAUAUCGAAUGUGAUGCUGAAUCAUUGUAGAGAAGUGAUGUGGAUGCCUUGCUCCUUGUUCAAUCAGACAUUUCCUUUAAUAUUUUCUGUUUCAUAUAUUUACAUUUUCGUUUGCAGUAAUAUAUUUAUAUUUAUAUUUGUAUUAUCCCAGACUGCCCAAGCACAGCUGAUGUCAUUUUUGUGGUAUAUAUUUUUUCUUAUUGGUCAGAUAUGUAGACCCUAAAGAAUUAACAUAUUUUCUUUGUGUAAAAAUGGUGAUACUGGAUGUAAGUGGAUCAUGUUAGUGUUAUAGUUUUUUCAAGGAAGAAAUGGUUUUGCCUUUGUUUGUUUGUUAGUUAACAGUAACUUACGUAAAAGGAAUGGACAGAUUUUGAGUAAAUUUUCGGGAUAUAUUAGAAAUGGAAUAACUUAGAAUUGAUUAAAUUUUUGUGGUGAUCCACAUAAUUAACAUCUAAUUAUAAUUUAGCUGUCUUGGCAGAGGUCUGUGCACUCUGAGUGCUGUUCUAGUUAAUUAUUCAUUUAUCGUCACAUUCCUCAAUUAUUUACCAUGAAAAUAGUCAGAUACUUUAUUCAAAGGACAUACAAUAAUACUCAGUUCGUAAAUGUUACAAGACAGCUUAGCUAGCAUAUGUAGUUACACUUAGGGACCGUUCACAUGGAAAGUCUAUUUUCUAAAAAUCUAUUUU